AACCCGUCCGUCCAGCUCGCACUUGAAGACUUCGCGAGCGGCCGCAGGGACGCCAGUCGAGCCAGGGGACGCUCGCUUGGCGCUUCUCCAUCCGGGUGCACCUGGCUGCACCCGCUCUGCCGGCACCGGCGGCCUUCGGCGGAGUUGGACGCUCCACGCGCCGUCCCUGGUACUCUCUUCCCUCAGAACGUGGGACGCCUCGGCGAACUCCUUUCUUGAACUGUCCCCAUUCCCGCGCCUCAGCCCCGAAAAGGUGGGACGACCACCCGGACUCGACUUACGGGAGCGAACCGCGCCGGUCCAGGAGGGAUCGAAGAUGCCCCGCGCAUUCCUGGUGAAGAAGCCAUGCGUUUCCACGUGCAAGAGGAACUGGAGCGAACUCCCAGACGAGGAGCGCGGCGAGAUCUACGUGCCAGUCAGCCUGGGCUUCUGUCCACCCCCACCCUACCGGGAACCAGAGCCAUCUGUGGCCGAACCCCCUUCUUGCCCUCUGGCUUUGGACAUGAGUCUUCGGAACUCCAGCUAUAGUGUGGCCUCAGGAUCCUGUGUGGUGGCCCAGCUACCCCCUGAAGAUGUGGACCAUCUGACAGAUUCGCAAAGCAGAGACCAGGCUUUCCUAAGAACCAAGAUGAAGGUGACCUUGGGGGACAGUCCAAAUGGGGACCUUUUUACCUGUCACAUCUGCCAGAAGGCCUUCACCUACCAGCGCAUGCUGAACCGACACAUGAAAUGUCACAACGAUGUCAAGAGGCAUCUCUGCACAUACUGUGGAAAGGGCUUCAAUGACACCUUUGACCUCAAGAGACAUGUCCGAACCCACACUGGAGUGCGGCCCUACAAGUGCAGCCUGUGUGACAAGGCCUUCACCCAGCGCUGCUCUCUGGAGUCCCACCUCAAGAAGAUCCACGGCGUGCAGCAGAAGUACGCGUACAAGGAGCGCCGGGCCAAGCUGUACGUGUGUGAGGAGUGCGGCUGCACCUCUGAGAGUCAGGAGGGUCACGUCCUGCACCUCAAGGAGAACCACCCCGACAGCCCACUGCUACGCAAGACCUCCAAGAAAGUAGCUGUGGCCCUACAGAACACUGUCACUUCCCUGCUGCAGGGCAGCCCCCACCUCUGAGCAGCA